AUGAGUAAUAUUGUUGCCAAAUUCCAGAAGGGCGAUGUGACAGCCCUGCUGAGCUCACUUGAAACUUUAUCGUCUGGAGAAGUAAAAACGUGUCCUGGUGCCAAGGGAAUAACAGGCGGGUGCCCGGAUGGUGGAAUUAUCAAACUGGAAUCGCUUAUCCAAGGAGCAAAUAAUAGAACCUCUGAAAUACAAUGUGGUCUAAUUGGAGCAGACGACUGUAAAGAUACGAUACAUGCGUUUGAAUUCUACAAAUUUCUUGGACUUAGUCCAACAAAGUUUGAUGAGAGUGCCGUAGUUCCCGACUUUGAGAGUAGUUGCUAUGACCCGGAACUUGUAAGAAAUAAAUACAUCCAACUGGAAUACGAAUGUAGAACAGUUGAUACUGUUGCGAGACUCGGAGAGAAUAAAACCAUUUCUAAUGUUCGUGAAAUCCAGUUAUUGAAUAAAGCAUACCCAAAUGUAACACUUGGAAAAACUGAUGAUUAUCUUUGUGAAAUAGAUGGCUCUGUUAAUUCUACAGUUAUAGUGACUUUAAUAAGAUCACGUGUCAUACUAAAUGGGGAUAAAAACAUGUUGAUUCGAGAUUCUGAGAUGGAGAGAUGUUCUGUCAUCCCCUUGCAAACGUUUGAAAGCAAUUUUGGGAAGGAGAUCUACCGAGGGGUGUACCCUAUAACACUUUACUUCAAUUCAUCACAACCUGCUGUAUCAAUGAUGUGGCUCUCAAUAAAAGAUGCUCGUGGUUUGAGUUUCUCGGCAAAUUGUUAUAACGUUGCAGAUACUACACGUCCUCAGCUACCUGAAAUAUGUCCGUCACCUAUUAGCACACCGGCACCAACGUCAAGCUCCUUUGUAUUAGAUUAUAAAGAACUAUUCACCGGACCUGCUCUAUUGGGAGUAUUCGGCCUUGCUCUCAUUUUACUGACUCUUACAAAUGUUUUAGUAAGGCGACAAUGGAGACACGUUCUAGAGGUUCGAUAUGAAAACGAUGUUGAGCUCGAAGUAAAGUAUGCUCACAUGCACGAGGAACGCCUAAACAUACUAACUACACCAACAGAUACCUGUCGUGAAUCUGGCUCUUCAAAAACCAAAGCCACCGGAUAUGCUAAUGCAGCUAAUCUUCAUCAGGAAUAUGAAGAUACAUUAGUACAUCAUGAAGAAUAUACAGAUACAGAAGUACGUCAUCAAGAACGUUACAAUGAAAAACAUGGCAAACAAGAAUAUGCAAACACAGAAUGCGACAGACACGAAUAUGCCAAUACAGAGGAGGUAUAUACCAGACUCGAACCGGAGGGAAUGCUUACUCCUAAUGAAUAUGAAACACUUGCAACGCAGCAUGUUUAACAUGAAUAUAUAGAGGUUAUUUAAUGGGAGGUUUUUGAUACAGGGUAUAUCUGAGGAAAAUACAAUAUAUCAAUCCGAAGGAGCGUAGGGACCGAGG